UUAAAAAAGAAAAGAAGAAUACUCAGGAAGACCAUCAGUAUCCCAGGAAUGUUGUGAUACUGAUGAAUAGGAUUUAGUAAGAGUCAUUUCCUUCAUUUUGAUGCAGUAUAAGUGGUAAUUUUGGCAGGUUUUUUCAUCUAGUAUUCUUUUAUUUCACUAGAUGAAGCUGCCUUUCCAUUUGAGCAUCUGAUUUGAAUGAGACAGUGGUACAAAAUAGCGCAAAGAAAAAUAAAAACACACAUAAGGAGCACCAUCCUGUAUAGCUGAAGAAGACUUGGCUUGUGUGUUGAUCCGAUACGUGAAAGAAAUCCCCUUUGUGUAAUUCUGGAUCAUCUGAAGAGAAAACCACGAGGGUGAAAGUGGAAAAAAAAGAUUCACAAAAUGGAUUAAUGUGACAACAGCAGAUAAAAUAAGCAACUCCAUGUGGGCAAAACCAGAAAGACCAGGCUAGAAGCAGUAAUAGUUACGGUAAAUUGUGAUUUUUUUAUGUUUACAAUUUGAACUUCACAGCCUCCUUCUACUAAACCCUAUACAUUCUGUUCACUUCUAAUUCUGCCUGCUAACAUCCUCUGGCUUUCCCAUCAGAUGAAUGGCUCUUGUUACUAGUCAGUGGGCAUCUAUGCUGGCAGCAGCAGCAGCAGGAGGAGGAGGAGGUGAAGCUGUCGUCGCAUCAAUGAGACUGUUGAUCAGAAAAGACCACCAGACUGGCAAAUGACACGGUUCACCCAUCAGGACCAGGAGCAAAUAAAACUGGGCUUUCACGUCCCUUCCUUAUUUAAACGAGGACGUCGGCGCUGGUUCUUCUUAGUCUACCUCACAUACUGACACCUGCGGGAUCCUGCCAUGAUUCUGACCGCAGCUCUCCUCACCUUUGCUGUUUCGUACGCUGAUUCAGAGGACUACUGUUACAAUGAGGCACAUUGUGAUCCUUACGCUUGGGGAGACGCGUUCCCCUCAUGCCACCCUUUACUUGAAUCUCAUCACUCUCCCAUUGAUCUGGACCAUCACAUGACCAGAAACGACUCUCUGGAGUCUCUACAUCUGGAGGGCUUCGAUGCAAUCCAAACAGGCCACUGGACGCUCAAAAAUGACGGGCACUCCGUUAUACUGCAGGUUGGCAGCGGCAUGGCGGUGAGCGGUGGAGGUCUGCCAGAUGUGUACCACACCAUCCAGCUGCAUUUCCACUGGGGAGGCCCGGCCACCAACGGCUCCGAGCACACGGUGGACAAACGCAGAUACCCAAUGGAGAUGCACAUCGUCAACAUGAAGUCCAUCCAUCCAAACAUGUCCGCAGCAUUAGAAGAUCCAACAGGACUCGCUGUUCUUGGAUUCUUCAUUGACGUUGUUUAUGCAGAAAAUGUGCACUUUGGACACAUAUCACAGAAGCUCUCCUCUGUUGCUUACAAAGGCCAAACAGCUAAAGUCAAGCCAUUUCCGCUGAUGAGCCUCCUGCCGAAGCACAACAUGAGUCAGUAUUACCGAUAUUACGGCAGCCUCACCACUCCUCCAUGUUCUCAAGUGGUGGUUUGGACUCUGUAUGAAGUCCCCAUCUACAUCUCAUGGUCCCAACUGGCUCAGUUUACCUCACAGAUCUUCUCCACAGAGGAGGACGCAGAGCAGGUGACGCCUCUGCAGAACAACUUCAGACACGUCCAUCCCACCUUCAGUCGCGUCGUUUCGGCCUCCAAAGACGCCAAACUCCUCAAAGCGACGGCCGGUCGGCCCCUCAGGUCAGCCACGUCGGUGCUUCAAAUAAUUUUGCUGGGAAGCUUUAUUUCUGGGCUUUAGCACUCGUCGUGUGACGUCCAAAUCAUUAAAUAGUACAACACCAAAAGAAACAGAAAAAUGUUCAUUUUAGCCCCAAAACAGCAUUUAAGUUCUGUCAGUGUCUUAUUUGAACAUCAGAGUUUUCACACAUAUGCUCCAGCAAAGAAUAAAUAUGAAGAAACAAGCUGUGAAGAAGAGUACUGUAACUGUUCUGUAAUGUUUCAUGUAUCUGCAGGAUUCUUUAACACCAUUAGUUCAUUACUAACAGUUUCAUUUAGUAACUGUAGACCUUUAGCACUAGUAGCUGGUUCUUGAGAACUACAUUUCUAACAGAUGUGCAGUGUUUUUAAAAUACAAUUUUGCUAGAUUUGGUUAGGGAUUGUCCGUAACGUCACAAAUAUUGAAAUUUAACAGUGAAAAACAGAAGAUAAAUGUAGUCAAAACCAGGAUACCACAGCCAGCAGGUGAAGCUAAUAGGAAUAUUAUUAGUUUUACCGAGUAUUUAGUGACUAUAUAAAGUAUUAGACAAACAUUUUGACCUGAUGAUGGAGCCACAAGAAUCACAAUGGAUCAGAGUGAUUGAAAUGAAAUACAAAAAUGUCAAUCUCACAGUGGUGUUAGAGGAAAAGUUAAUGGGAUUCAUCAUCUGAGGACCAUGAAUUUCAUGCAUUUGUUUAGAAAUCUCUGCUGAUAGUGCUGUCCAUUGAGUAAUUCUCUUAGCAUGGCUAAGAAAUAAAAGGUGUUUAAUUGCAAAGACACGUUUUAAUGGAUUUAGUAGAGUUAGUGAGCAGUAAUCUCAAGGAUCUAAACCAGCACAGGAGCUUAUUGUUCUGACAUUGAUGAUAAAUGUUAUUAAUAUUAACUGCUGAAAUCCAAUCAGAUUUACCUGUUCCAAAGUUAUAUUAUUUUACAUUUAAUGCUUGAUUCCAUUAGUAACACCUGCUUUUCCCUCCACGACAAGCUCAAAUGACUGCAGUGACAAAAGGUCACUGAAGAACACAAAUUUCAUUAACUAAGUUCCUCCUCGCCUACGUCCAACAUGCAAACUUUUUCAUGUGUGUCAGUGCUUCUCCCUGCAUUAAAUUUGUAUGUUUGCGAGGAUCCACCAGCAACAAGCAGGAGCAUGUGAAGGAUGGCUUCAAGUAUGCAAAUAGGCAAGGCUAAAAAAAACAAACAAGAAAGGCAGUCAGAGAGCGCAGUACUCUGCCAAGACUGUUCAUUCCCUGACCUUGUGCUGAAUACAAGCGUGUGUUAUGCAUGUGUAUGUUAUGUACGGAUACUGAAUCACCUGACAUAAAUAUGUAGCGGGCAGCGGGAAUUGGUGGGGCUCAGAAACAUGCCCACAGUUUAGCUAAUUGUUCCUUGUAUCAUUUGAUAAAUCAGGAGUGGUGGAUUUGGAGUAGGAUCUCAAUCAUGUGAUCACCAGCAUCAUAGUUACAGUGACGCCGUGAAGCUAUCUCAAUGGGAAAUCUUUAACAAAUCUGUGGAUCCCGACUAUAAGCCGCAUCACUGCCAAAAUCUAAUCAGUUGGUCCUUGUGUCAUUUCUGACCUUCACUGAAAAUUUAAUCCAAGUCCGUUCGUCCGUUUUUGAGUAAUGUUGCGCACAGACAGAAGGAAGGAUUCAUGUACACCGAGUAAAAAACACCUGUUGAAAAAACAAACAUGUCUGUCAACUGUGGGCUUGAGACUUUCAUCAGUGUAAAACUUCACACUUUUCUAUUAACUGAAUCUCUUCUAAUGUUUCGUGUAUUCUAACAAUAAAGAACAUUAUUCUGUCACA